AUGUCGACAGAUCCAGCAUCAGCAUCAGCAUCAGCGCCACCGCCACCACAGGCUGGUAGGCCAAGUGAAGACGAAAGUCCAUACUUACAGCAUCAAAAGAAGAAAAAGAAGAAAAUAUCGACAGAUGAAAAUGACGCGUCAGAUCCACUCCGUGGCUUAGUGCGACGUCAAGUCACCGGCGCACAAGCGCGUCAGAUCCUGGAAAACUCGACGAACAUGUUUGCAACAGAUGGCAUGCGUCCUUACUCGGAGAAGUAUAAGGAAAUUUUGAAGGGGCGAAAAGAGUUGCCAGUCUAUGCCCAAAUGGAUGAAUUCUAUGACAAGUUCAAUGCGAAUCAGAUCACCGUAGUCAUUGGUGAGACUGGAAGUGGAAAGACGACACAGAUCCCACAGUUCGUGGCACUUAGCGGACCUUCCGCAGACAAGCAAGGUGCGUGCCGCCGAUGGCGUUGA